GAUUUAAAUUUCAUCAUGGCUGUUGCACAAGAACACUGGGCCGCUAAAUGGCACAAGUAUAAUGGAAAUAUUCCUCAUGAUGCUUUUCGUGUAGGCCAUUGUGCUAUUGGUCGUGGAGACUAUGAGGGUGGCAAGCAUAUUGGUUAUAUUGAUCCAAAUAGACAACGACUAGUUAUUGGUUGGGGUGGACGUCAAGUUGAAUUACAUGAAUUCGACAUUUUAUGUGGUGAUCAUUGUCAAUUUAAAUGGCAUCCCUGUCAGGGAGCUUGCCGACCUCAGUUCUUUAUCCCUUUGAAAGCUGGCAACGAAAAAGAUGGUAAAGAAUUAUAUAUCGCUAAAGCCUGGCAUUGUGAUGAAGAGAGAGUCGGUAAAGCUGGUCAA